AUGUCGCAGAUUAUCAGCAGCAAAAAAUACGCAUGCGAGACCUGCAUUAAAGGCCAUCGGUCAUCUGCAUGCAAACACAGCGAUCGCCCUCUUUUUGAAAUUAAAAAGAAAGGACGCCCAGUGACGCAGUGUGAGCACUGUCGAGAGCUUCGCAAAACAAAACAAGUCCACGUCAAAUGUUCCUGUGAAUCUAAAGCAUACAACAAUUCUCAACCUUCGUCUUCCUCGGCGCCUACAAACAAAGGUGUGUGUCACCUCUAUUUAUUCUGA